AUGGAAGGAAUAAGAAAUUAAGAUAUUUAGAUUAAAUUUGAUUAAAAAGCAAAUGAUGAAAAAAAGCAUAAUGAUGAACCUAAUUAGUUUGAAUAGACAAUAUAAAGAUUCUAUAUGUUUUGGCAGACAAGCAAUAAAGUUUUUAUGAAAGGAGCAAUAUUUUCAGGAUCUGAAAAUAAAAAAUUUUGGGCUUCCUUCUUCUUGACCAAUUUGCCAAUGGUGUUAAACUAUAUUUUUUCAGUGCCUUAUCUUCAUAGCUAAGGUUUAGAUGCUGGCAUAUUCUUUUUGUGCUUUUUUCAUUUUUUUAGUAACAUAUUUAUGUUUUGCGUGAAUCUCACCGACCCAGGAAUCAUUCCAAGAAUAACAUGUAAACAUGAAGUUGAUAAAGAAUGCUUAGAUAUACCUAUAAAACCUAUAAUGAAAACGGGUGAUUAUUAAUAUAAAUAUCUCCUCAGCUUAAUGCCUAAUAAGACUCACUUUUUGAAACUUAAAUUUUGCACUACUUGUGCUAUUUGGAGACCUCCAAGAACAUCCCAUUGUCCAUUAUGUGACAAUUGUGUUGAAAGAUUUGAUCACCACUGUCCCUGGUUAGGAACUUGUGUUGGAAAAAGAAAUUAUAGGUAUUUCUAUUUGUACCUUUUAAACCUAAGUGCUCUUUGCUUUACAGUUGUAAUAUAGAAUAUUUAGCUUUUAGUUCUAAGAGAUUCAGAAGUCGAAAAUUUUAGCAAAGCAGCCAAGGAAUAUCCAGUCUCUCUUGUAUUAAUCAUCUAUACUUUCUUAUUUUCAAUUUUCAUUGUUGGACUAUUCACUUUCCAUAAUCUUUUGGUUUUUACAAAUUUCACUACUCAUGAAUACAUCAGAAAAAUCUGGAAAAUUUAAAGCUAAAAUCCUUUUACUAGACGUUCAAAGCUUAUUAAUUUGCUGAAUGUUGUAUGCAGGGUAUAUGUCCCUAGUAUGGUUAAGCUAAAAAACCAGGUCUACUAUAAUCAUAAAUAUGAUUAGUAUGAUGAUCAGGAAUAAGAACGUAGCAUUAUUGAUAUUUAAAAAAAUUUAGGAAUAAAAAAACAAAGAGAUGAAUACAAACACUCUACUACAAAUUGCGAAAACACUGAAAUCAAAAUGAGGAAUAGCUCACGUUCUAAUUCUUAGAAAAAGAGUUAAAAUAAUUUAAAUAAUAGUUAGAAUAAUGGAUAAUCAAGUCUUAAUACUUAACCUUAGCUAUAUCAGCCCAGUCAAUAAUUUUAAUUUAAUACAAUUUUGAAUGCUAGAGGUAUUCUUCUUAACAAUGACUAAAAUUCAAAUAAGAAAGAAGAUGAAUCAUAAGAAAAUAGUUAACAGCGUUUGAAAGCUGGUGAACAAAAUAAUUUUGUUUUGAACUCCAAGAAUGCUAAUAAUAUAAAUUUUACAUAGAGUGUAACAAAUAACAAAACUAAUCACACUCCUGAGAAUAGUAUUUUUACUAGCUCUUAAUAGCACUUGAAAUCAUUUACUGAUGCAAAAACUAACAAAUUAAAAGCUGUAAAUGAAGGAAUAUAAAUGACAGCUUUAUAUAAUAAUGAUAUACUAGAUGAAAGAAAUAAAAUGAUCAAUAACAAGAAUGUUUCUUUGCAAUAAAGCCCUGAUAACAUACAAACAGUUAAUGUAAUUGAUAAUAAUUUAAUUUAAUUCGAUAAAGAUAACUCAAACGAAAACGAGAGCGCUCAUAUCUAAAUGCAGAAUAAAAGCCACUAUAAUUAAAACUGUCUUAAAGACUAAGAUAAUCAUAAAUCUCUUACAAAUAUCAAAUAAUAAUAAAUGCAAUAAUAAGAAAAUUAAGGCUAUCAUAGCAGAUAACUUAGUAAAAAGCAGUUAGAAGUUUGA